CAAACGGGGUAGUGGCACCCCACGCACAAGUGCUGGGACCAAGCUGUAGGAAAUUACACCAAGCAACGUGGAACGGCGGUCUUUCUGACGCACAGCAGUAAUACAUGUGCGUACAUCAAAGUUACACAACAGCUUUAGAAUUGUCAGUUUUCGAAGGAAAAAUAACUGUUGCAGGCCUGACAGCGCUACUUGGAAACCCCCCUGGAGUCAGGACAUCAUGGAACCUAAAGAACCUAAAGAUCCCAAAAACAAUCCUUCGGCAACAGCUAAUCUUUUCUCGCAGGUAUUCUUCUGUUGGCUUAAUCCUUUAUUUCGGAUUGGAUACAAGAGGAAGCUUGAGGAAGAUGACAUGUACAGAGUGCUUCCAGAGGAUGGAUCUGAGAGAUUGGGAGAGGAAAUGCAGAGGCUCUGGGAACAUGAGGUGCAGAUUUCUGCAAAAGAGCUUCGAAAACCAAAACUCACUAAGGUCAUCAUCAAAGGCUACUGGAAAACCUAUGCAGUAUUGGGGUUAUUCACCCUUUUUGAGGAGACGAUAAAAGUGAUCCAGCCGGUCUUUUUGGGAAAGCUGAUCCAGUACUUUGAGCAUUAUGACCCAGAUGACAUGAAUGGACUGUAUGAGGUGAUAGGUUAUGCUGCAGGUAUAUCCCUCUCCACCAUCUGCCUGACAGUAACGCAGCACCUCUACUACUAUCACGUCCAGAGAGAAGGCAUGAAGAUCAGAGUGGCCAUGUGUCACAUGAUCUACAAGAAGGCUAUCCGUCUCAGCAGUGCAGCCAUGACAAAGACCACCACGGGCCAAAUUGUCAAUCUCCUUUCGAAUGACGUCAACAGAUUUGACGAGGUGACACUUUUCCUGCAUUUCCUGUGGGUGGGGCCUCUGCAGGCAGCUGCUGUCAUCUGGUUGCUGUGGGGGGAGAUCGGCCCGUCGUGCCUCGCUGGAAUGGCCUUGCUCGUCUUCCUCAUGCCACUGCAGACGAUGUUUGGGAGACUGUUCUCUAAGUUUAGGAGUCAAACCGCUGUCCUCACAGACAACAGGAUCCGCACCAUGAAUGAGGUGGUGUCUGGAAUCAGGAUCAUCAAGAUGUACGCGUGGGAGAAGCCCUUCUCAGCACUGGUCCAUGAAGUCAGGAGAAAGGAAAUCUCAAAGAUCAUGAGCAGCUCCUACCUGCGAGGUCUCAACAUGGCCUCCUUCUUUGCGGCCAGUAAGGUCAUCGUCUUUGUGACCUUCACCGUCUACGUUCUCCUGGGGAACCCCAUCUCAGCCAGCCGGGUGUUUGUUGCCGUGGGGCUGUACAGCGCCAUCAGAUUGACCGUCACCUUCUUCUUCCCCUACGCCAUCGAGAGGCUCUCUGAGGCCCUGGUCAGCGUUUGCAGGAUACAGAAUUUCCUCCUGUUGGAUGAGAUCAGAAGCACCAGCAGCAGCCUAGAAGUCCCUCUGGAGGACAAGCUGGAGGCCUCUGUGGAGGUCCAGGACCUCAUCUGCUACUGGGACAAGAGUCUGGAUGCCCCGUCUCUUCUGAACGUCUCCCUCACAGUGACGUCAGAACAGCUCCUGGCUGUCAUUGGGCCUGUUGGAGCUGGAAAGUCGUCUUUGCUCAGCUCCAUCCUUGGAGAGCUGCCUCAUGACAAGGGGGUGCUGAAGGUCAGAGGUCAGCUGGCCUACGCUUGCCAGCAGCCCUGGGUGUUCCCUGGAACCAUCCGAAGCAACAUCCUGUUUGGGAAAGAGUUCCACCCCCAGAAGUACGAGAAGGUUCUGGGAGCCUGCGCCCUCAAGAGAGACAUGGAGCUGCUGCCAGACGGAGACCUGACUCUGAUCGGGGACCGAGGAGCCACCCUCAGCGGGGGACAGAAGGCUCGAGUCAACCUGGCCAGGGCUGCGUACCAGGACGCUGACAUCUACCUGCUGGAUGACCCUCUGAGUGCUGUGGAUGCAGAGGUCGGGAGACACCUGUUUGAACAGUGUAUCUGUGGUUUGCUGAAGCAUAAACCUCGUAUACUGGUGACUCACCAGCUGCAGUACCUGAAAGCAGCAAACCAGAUCCUCGUCCUGAAAGAGGGUCACAUGGUGGCGCGGGGGACCUACAAUGAGCUGCAGUCCUCUGGUCUGGACUUCACCUCCCUGCUGAAGAAGGAUGAGGAAGAGGAGGAGCAACCAGGGACGGAGACCAGCAGCCAGUCACCACGAAGACGUGCCCUCUCCCAGAAUUCUUUGCGCUCCCAAACAUCUUCACUUCACUCAGCAAAAGAAGGGGAUGAGGAUUUGCCGGCUGAGCAUGUCCAGAACAUGUCAGAGGAGAGCAGUUCCGAGGGCACCAUAGGUAUCGGCCUCUACAUGAAGUACCUGAGGGCAGGAGCCAGCGUCCUGCUGCUCGUCGUGGUGUUCAUAGUCCUCAUCCUGGCUCAGGCAACAUAUAUUCUGCAGGAUUGGUGGCUGGCAUAUUGGGCCGGGGAACAGGAGAAGCUCAAUUCCAACACCACCAUCGUACUGAAUGGCCACAACGUUACCCAAGAGCUGAACCUAGAUUUCUACCUCGGAAUUUAUGCAGGUUUGACUGGAGCCACUGUCGUCUUUGGCUUUGUGAGGAGUCUUAUGCUUUUCAACGUUUUGGUGAGAUGUGCUCAGACGCUCCACAACCGCAUGUUCAACGCCAUACUGCGGACACACGUGCGCUUCUUUGACGUCAACCCAAUUGGGAGGGUUCUAAACAGGUUCUCCAAGGACAUCGGCCAGCUGGAUGCCUCCCUACCCUGGACCUUUUCAGACUUCUGGCAGAGCUUUCUGCAGAUCAUCGGCGUGAUCGCCGUGGCGGCCUCCGUCAUACCCUGGGUCCUCAUUCCUGUGGUGCCGCUGGUCCUCGCCUUCCUGUUCCUGCGACGCUACUUCCUACAGACUUCCAGGAACGUUAAACGCCUCGAAUCCACCACUCGGAGUCCAGUGUUUUCCCACCUGUCCUCGUCCCUCCAAGGCUUGUGGACGAUCCGAGCCUUCAAAGCAGAGGAGAGGUUCCAGAACGCCUUCGACGCACACCAGGACCUGCACUCAGAGGCCUGGUUCCUGUUCCUGACCACCUCUCGCUGGUUCGCCAUCCGCCUCGACACCAUCUGCUCCAUCUUCGUCACUGUCACCGUCUUUGGCUGCAUUUUGCUCCGGGACCAGCUGGAGGCCGGUGCUGUGGGCCUGGCCCUGUCCUACGCUGUGACCCUCAUGGGGAUGUUUCAGUGGGGGGUGAGACAGAGCGCUGAGGUGGAGAACAUGAUGACGUCUGUUGAGAGAGUGUUGGAGUACACCGAGCUGGAGAGCGAAGCACCCUGGGAAACCCAGAAGCGUCCUCCCCCCGACUGGCCCAGCCAAGGCCUCAUCAACUUUGACCGGGUCAGCUUCUCCUACAGCGCAGAUGGACCACUGGUCCUGAAGGACAUGAAGGCUGUUAUCAGACCCAAAGAAAAGGUUGGCAUUGUGGGGAGGACGGGAGCAGGGAAGAGCUCCCUGGUCUCUGCUCUCUUCCGCCUGGCAGAGCCUGAGGGCAGGAUCUACAUAGACGGGGUUUUGACCUCUGAGAUUGGCCUCCAUGACCUGCGCCAGAAGAUGUCCAUCAUUCCUCAGGACCCAGUGCUGUUUACUGGCACCAUGAGGAAGAACCUGGACCCCUUCGACCAGCACAGUGAUGAAGACCUGUGGAACGCUCUGGAUGAGGUCCAGCUCAAGUCUGCAGUGGAAGAGCUCCCCAACAAGAUGGAGACGGUGCUAGCUGAGUCGGGCUCCAACUUCAGCGUGGGCCAGAGACAGCUGGUGUGUCUGGCCCGAGCCAUCCUGAGGAAGAACCGCAUCCUCGUCAUCGAUGAGGCCACAGCCAACGUGGACCCCAGGACAGACGCGCUGAUCCAGGAAACGAUACGAGACAAGUUCAGAGACUGCACUGUGCUCACCAUCGCCCACCGCCUCAACACCAUCAUAGACAGUGACCGCAUACUGGUUUUAGAUGCGGGUCAGAUCCAUGCCUACGAUGAGCCCUACACCCUGCUCCAGAACCCCAGCGGCAUCUUGUACAAGAUGGUUCAGCAGUCAGGAAAGAUGGAGGCUUCUGAUCUCCUGCAGUCAGCCAAACAGGCUUACCUGAGCAGGAGUCGUGCAGUUAUGGCCAACGGAGGGGGCCACACAGGCUCAUCUAAUGGGAACCUGGUCAUCUUUGAGACGGCUCUUUGACAGACUUGGAGAUUGGGACUGCUCAUCAUUCACCUAGUGCCUCAUGCAAUGACUGCUGGGGCCUCCUCUGUGGAGAAUCCUCAGCUCUUCACGUGCCUUAGUUUAACACCUGUACAACAGUUCACAUGGAGCUGCUGUGGAACCUACCUGGAGCAGCAUGGCUUCAGCAUGACCUCACAGACCAGAUGAAAUGCGCAAGUUAUUUUAAAGAUUAAUACAUCUGAGGUCAAGUUUAUGGUUGGAUUGCACUGUCAUUAUCAAAGUCCAGCCAGUGACUAAUUUCUUUUAAGCAGCUGAGGAAUGUUUCCAUGAACAAUCGUAAGAAUAUUCUUAGACAUUUGUUUGUACCAUGGAUGCCUUUAUAGACAUGUUUUGGGAUUUUCCAAAACGGCUUGGGGGACAACUGAUUUAGGAUGGCCUAGUUCUGGAUAAUCCAGUAAAUUAGUGAAACUUUGUAAAAACAAGUAAUGCAAAACAGUCUAUUGUACAUAGAGCUAUGUUAACAAUUCAUUGUUAUUCAUGUUUUAAAGAUGACAUUUCAUGGAAGGCUUAUUUGCAUGAUGUAAAUGCAUUCUUAUUACCUUGUGUCAAGUUCCAGUUUGAUAGUGUUUUGCUGUUUAUUUCUAGUGUCAGUCUGAUCAAGCAAACUAUGUUGGCUCCAUGGCCAGGUUAAAGAAACUGCAUACUGUAAGUCACCAGUCCUGCAGAUGCACUACAAAAUUAUCUGCACAACAUUGACUUGAAUGAGUAUUCCAUCAAGUGCUUUUAUUUUUUCCUGACUUAUUGGUCGUGUAGAUUAUAUGCCACAAAAUGUCAUUUGACCAAUUUGUCUUGUUUAAGUUGAAAAUCUGUAAUUACACAAUUCAGAAAAUCUUUGUCAAGUGAUUGAAGACUAAGUAUU